AUGGCAACCGGAUUGGCCAUUAUAAUUUCACCAAUCUUGAUGCUGACGUAUGUCCAGGUUACGACACUUAAGGGGUAUGGGAUUAACACAUGCUACUACAACACCCUUUUAAGUGAUGACGACAGAAAAAAUAUACUCCACAAUUUAGAGCAGCCCGAUUGUCAGUACCAGUUUUUAUUUAUUAGCCCUGAAGCUGUAAUUACAGACAGCUUCCAAAGUUGUCUGGACGCUUUAAGACGUGAAAAUAGACUGAAAAUGUUUGUUGUGGAUGAAGUCCAUUGUAUAGAUACCUGUGGAAAGGACUUUAGACCUGCCUACCAACAAUUUAAAAUUUUG